AUGUCUAGUAAGUCACGUGUAACACCGUCGUCGUCGUCUCGUCAGAAAGAGUUAGAGAGCUAUUACUUUGAUCCCAAGUCCCCGGGUGCGUAUUACGGUGCCUCCAAAUUUCAACAAAGUUUAAAAAGACGUGGGAAAACGGUUAGCGUGUCCAAGGUAAAAGCCGAAUUGAGCAAGCACGAUGCUUACACGCUUCAUAAGUCGGUGAAACGCAAAUUUCAACGACUCAGAGUACUCGUCAACCGAAUAGAUCAGCAGUGGGAUGUCGAUCUGAUGGACAUGAGUCGCUACGUUAAAGUGAACGAUGGUAUACGUUACGUGCUGAUAGCCAUUGACAUUUUGUCACGCUAUCUAUGGGUAGCCCCUUUAAAAAACAAGAAACCCGAGUCCACUGUCGAGGCAUUCAAAGACAUUUGGUCGCACGGUCGCAAGCCACAAACCAUCAGAGUGGACAAAGGUACGGAAUUUAAAGGGGCAUUCCAGGAUUUUAUAGAGCGUCAGUCGAUCAAACUGUUCGUCACUCAGAACGAAGACAUUAAAGCGAAUUACGCCGAGAGAGUCAUUCGAACGUUGAGGUCGCUCAUAGCGAGGUAUCUGACACACAAGAACACCGAGCGCUAUGUGGACGUGCUGUCCGAUCUAGUGUACAAUUACAAUCACACCGUACACAGAAGUUUAGGCGAGUGGGCUCCUGCAGAUGUGAAUGAACGAAAUGAAGUCAAAGUAUGGAAUCAUUUAUACACGAAACCAUCACCGUACAUGACACACAAGAUCCGUCCCUUUCAAUAUAAAAUAGGGGAUAUCGUGAGAAUCAGUUAUUUGAGAAAACCUUUCGCUAAGGAACACAACUUGAGAUGGACGGAAGAGUUAUUUAAAGUAGCAGCCCGUUAUCGACAACAGGGUAUUCCUUUAUACACGCUGAAAGAUUUUCACGACCAGUUCUUAAAGGGACGUUUUUACGAAGAAGAAUUACAGCGUGUCGAUAAAGAUUUAGAUGCUGCAUGGGAUAUCGAAAAAGUGUUAAAGAAAAAGAAAGACAAAGGGAAAUUGUACUAUUUAGUCAGGUGGGCAGGCUGGCCGUCGAGUUUCGAUUCCUGGGUAGAAGCAAGGGAAGUGAAGGACAAGUAA